AUGCGAAUUCUGUUCAACGCGGUUCUGAUUGCCUUCAUCGUUUGUCUCGUCGAUGCCAAUUUAAAAUGUUAUAUUGGAUAUUCAAUUAUGAAAGGUAGCACUAUCGGAACAGAAACCAAGGAAUGUGAGAAGGAAACCGAUUUCUGCUAUAAUGGAACCGUCGAUGUCUCAUCGUUCAGCAAACUCCAGAAAGCGGGCUGCAAUUCAAUGAUCUGCCAAUUUCAUGCCAACAAAUGUUUCGAACAAGCAGUCGGUGGUCAAAUGGUCACAUUCUGCUGUUGUAAUACUGGAGAUUUGUGCAAUGGAGGAGCCGUCACGGAAUCCGGUUCACUAAUGGAUCGCGGAUUAUCGGUGCUCAAAGGACUUAUUUCAGCUGGUAAAUAG